UAGUAGAUAAAAAACGGUGCCUCCACAGUGCAACUGUCAGAGAUCUUGAGAACUCUAUACACCCAAAUAUUUGGAGUUGACCUUGUGAGUAAUUAAUUUUUUGUGAGUGGACCUUUAGGAUCAUUUGAUCAGAGACCUUUUGGAAUGGACCCGGAGUUAACAGUUUCACAAUCACGGCAAUCCUUCGGUUUUGUGUUCCCUGCCAAAAAAUAAAUUUAAAAAUCUAACAAGCAUAUUUUCUAGGGUAGUUUUUGGUGCUGAUCACGUAUUUAAACUCAGAUUUUAACUAACAUUUUCUAUCUAUGAUCUGGAACUUAUGCACUUUACAUAGUACACACCCCAUUUAUUCGCAAAACAAUCACAUUAUUACCCCAAUUAUUCGCCAAUUUUUGUUCUCAUUACCCCAAUUAUUCGCCAUUUAUCCGCAGGCUAACAAUAGACCUGUGUUGCUGCGUACAACCCGAGCAACCGUUGAACACAUGCCGCAAAAUAAGCAACUCGCCGGCUCCUAGUUUUACUUUGAC